CACACACACACAUAUACACGGCUCGCAUUCUCGCAGAGCAGUAAAAAAACACACGAUCAAAGUGAGAUAUUGCCCAACGUGUGUGCAUACUUUUUUUUGUUCCCCACCAGGCAGCAUUUUCCUCCAGUCGUACCUUCUUUACGUCGGCAUUUCUUCCGGCGUUAUGUCUGGGGCCGGUAGUGCUGCCCGCUCGCUGAAAAUCUUCGUCGGCAACGUCGCCUGGACCGUGGGGCACCGGGAGUUGCGCAACUACUUCAGCCAGUUCGGCAAGGUUUCCUGGGCCCAGGUAGUGUUCGACCGUAAGACGGGCCUGUCCAAGGGGUACGGGUUCGUGUCGUUCCAGAAGCGGGCGUCGAUCGAGAACCUGGAGCGCAACCAGAAGCACGUGCUCGACAACACGCCCAUCUUCUUCCAGCAAACGGACUAGGGGGGCGGACGCGGUAG